AUGUCGGGAGCCAUGAGCAGCAGCGAGGCUGCUGCCAGUCUGGCUCAGAUGCAGCUGAUGCUGGCGAGUAUGAAGACAUUCAUGGCAGCGGCAGAGCAGCAGAUGGCCGCCAGAAAGGACGAGCCGAAGGAGGCUGAGGAUCGCCCGAAGGAGAGCAGGGCGAUGGAGAAGAGCAGGGCGAAGGAGGAGAGCAAGGCGAAGGAGGAGCCGGAGCUUCGUCUUCCAUCGGCACAGCCGGAGGCUCGUCUUCCAACGGCACCGCCCAAGCCGAAAGUGGGGGCGACAAAGCCACCGCCACGCACGGAGGACUCGACCUCGAAGGACCAGACCCAGAAGGACCCGACCCAGAAGGACCCGAAGAUUGGAAUCCGAAAAGUUGGAGCCUUCAGGCUGGACCAUGGCACCCUGGAGAUCUUUGCCCGCUUCUAUCCGGACGAGCCGGUUAUUCCGCGACCUUUGUCUGCUGUCAAGACCGAGGACCUCAAGACGGCAGAUGGUUCCGCAGCUCCGAAGACCCCGCCGAUAGCACCGCCAGAGGCCAAGUUGAAGGCACAGUCGAAGCAGCGACCGGGACGGCCAAGAGAUGAUGACCCUCAAGAGGAGCAGGAUGCAGAGGAGGAGCCGCAACUUGGUGCCAAUCAGAAAGGGAUGACUAUGGAGCUAGCCGAUCCCGUGGUUCUGGUGGUGGCGGUCAUGCUCCUCGCCACGGUGGCUACGACGACAACAGGAGGCACCAUGGCCGCUCAGCAAAGAGAUGAUGUACAGGAAAAGGGCCUAGGUGAUGCUGUCCGAGAGCAUACGGAUGCGAGUCACGACAGCGACAAGAAUAUGGAGGAGAUGGCAGAGAAGACCCCGCAGUCCAAGUCCCCCCGUGGCACGCCGAUCAAGGUGAAACGAAAGCUCUUCGACAGCCCCGCCACCACCACGAAGAAGCUCAAACGUGCCAAGACCCCCAAGAAGUCAAAGAAGGUGGCAUCGAAGGGGCUUCGGGACGAAGAGUCCGAGAAGGAGUCCGAUGAUGAUGAUGAUGAUCGUGACCUUUUCAAUGGGCCGUUCGCUCGAGCGGGCAAAGCGCCAAAGUCACAGGCCUGUGGAAGCAAGGCCCCCCCCCCGGAGGAUGACACCGAUGAGGAGGACUCCGAGAAGGCCGAGUCCCCGACAAAGACCAAGGAAGCUGUGCCCGAGGCAGAGAAUGAGCAGGAGGACAGCCCCCGUCCAAUCGAUGACAUGCUUUUGGCACUGCUCCCCGCCAGCUCAUCUAAGAGCGAUGUUCCCCACUUCUCUGCGAUUCUCAGAUCCGAGGACAUCUUGACCUUGGAGGAUGCCAUGGAGGCCAUAAGCGAUCUGACAGGUGACUGGACACGUCAACUGGGCGAAACCGCCCGUCUCGCUGCAGACUCCCUGACCUUGAAGGGCAAACGAGCCUUGAUGGAGCAUGCAGCCAAAGUCGCAGCCGGGGAGUCACAGGAGAUUGAGCAGGAUUCCAACUCGCAUGCUUCAGCAAGCAUGUUCUUCAGACACUAUCUCACAGACCAUGAGUAUCACGGGCUCUGA